CAGCAACGGUCUGUCUCCGCUUGCUCCGUGCCGGUCAAGGCGGAGCGGAUUCACUGCGGGACGCGGCGGUUGGAUUCCCGGCGGGAAGCGCAGCGCCGGGAGGAUGGAGCUGGCCCCGCUCAUCAGGAAACUCGGUCAUCAACUUGCAGAGAUAAGAGAACGAGCUCUCAAGAGUAUAUUGUGUAAAUUAGAUCAUAAUUUGAUUUCAUAUGCUGAUCUUGUCCAAGAACAGUUGCUUUUUCUCCAUUUGCUGGAAUGGUUCAAUUUUCCUAUAGUACCGAUGAAAGAGGAGAUACUAAAUUUGGUGAACAACUUGGUAAAGCAUCCGUCUGCUGUCCGGCAAUUGGUUGGGAUUGGUGCAGUGGAAUUCUUUUCUCAACUUCGUCAUCAUAUGGAUCCACAUCUGCAGACUGUAAUUGAUGGGAUCCUAGAUGGUCUCUUCCUACUUCCUUCAGAAAUUCCUGCCAAUUAUCCAGCAGUGUCUUACCAAGGACAGCCCUUACCAUCAGAAGACAAACCAGUUUUACACCAAGAAGAAAUAUUCACUGGAUAUUUUCACCAAGGCAGAAGUAAUUUGCAACAGAUGGAAAUCCCUCCCAAAAGAUCAGUUGUAAAUCAGACAGUGAAGUGUUUGAAGUUUUCCACAUUUCCUUGGUUAACACUGACCACAACAGAUAGACAUGUUCUUUCAUCAAAUGAAAGCUCUUUGAGAAGUAAUAACCACAGUUUAAUUUGGAGCACAUGUGAGCUUCUACAGGAUGUUAUUAUGCAAGAUUUCCCUGCUGAGAUUUUCCUUCAAAGACCAAAGAUUGUUCAGAGCCUUCUGUCUCUAUUAAAGUUGGCUUUUGGAAAAGAUGGAAAACACCGCUUAGCCUUGCAGGCGGUGUCAUGCCUGCAACAGUUAUGUGUCUUCUUAAGAAAUAGGCUUAAUUUUCACAGAGAUCCAGGCUUUUUCUCCACUGACCAAGGUACAGCUUCCCAGAAUUCUUCUAUGUCCUAUGGCCAAGAAGUAAGAGGACCUCACCAUUCCCAGAAUCCAUCGCUUGGAAGUAGUAGCCCUCGACCAUCUGUGAUUGGACAUACUGGUCAGCGUCCCAGAGGUGAUGGCCAAGACUGGGAUGCAGCAUCUUCCAGUGGAAGCAGUACUCAAGCUAAUGCAAACUCCAGAAUAAAUCUACAGUCACCGCUGGAUGUAGGGCACAUUGACUUGCCAGACCUGGAAAGUGAGGAUACUUUAGAGUUACAGUUCCAACAGCUCAGCCUUCCUCAGUUCUGUGUGUCCAUCCUGGAAUACGCUGUACCUCUUCUAAGAACAGGCAGUAGUAGAGUGACAAUGCAAGUUCUUGAAUUACUUUCUGAAGAUGUGCUUCUUAUUGGUGAUGCAGUAUCUGAAGAUGUUUGGGAGGACCACAGCCUCUUUGGGUUAGAGUUGAAAGAUAAGCUGCUUAUGGUCCUGGGUUCACUUGGAGAAACCAUAUCCUACCACAAAAGUAACAUUAACUCAGAGCAGCCUGAGCUGAUGUUAGUGCACCACAGAAUGGCGUUUAUUAGCAUUUCACUUUUCACCGUGCGACUAUUACAAACACUUCUCCCUGUAGAAAAGGCCAACAAAGUGUUACCAGAGAGCUUGGUGACUGCUUUAUUUCUUCUUUCCUUGGACAUGCCAUUCUCCUUGGAAUAUCCAAGUAUUCAUGAGUCGGUGGCAGCCUAUUUGGAGCAGAUGAAUUCUGAGAACUACAGUAUUUAUAAACAAGCUGCAGAGGCUGUUCAUUCAAUUGAGUGCACCUGUAACUUUAUGAUGGAUGUCCAUAAGGAGGGAGAAAAAAAUUUCUUUGAACUAGUGGAAUUGGCAGAUCAGGCCCUAAAUAGUCUUCCUUAUCAUCAGCACUUUCCCAUGCUUCAGGAAAUCAUCUACAUUUGCUUGAAUAUCUGGAAGUCUGCCCAGGCUAACCCAUUGCUACAGGCAGAGAGUCAGAAGGUGCUUCUCCAUCUGUUGUCCCAUCCUCUGCUGAGUAUAAAAGCUGAAGCUUACCAUUGCUGUCUGGAAAUUGUUAAGGAAUGUUUGGGUAUCCAUAAUGUCACAACACCUGUAUCUUCAGUUUGUCAUGGAGUUCACUUUCUUCUCCAUCCAAAAGUUUUAUAUGAAAUCUCUGCAUUUGGCCUCCAGGAGUCCAAAAAUGAGGUGAACUCUGCUGCCAAGGCUAUUCUACUGUAUCUCCUGCAGGGGCGAUUGAUGAUGACAGCACUGACCUGGAACAAGUUUAUUGAGGCCCUCUAUCCCAUCAUUCCAAUUUUACAGGGUUAUGCAGACACAGAAGAGACACUGGGUAACUGCAUCCUCAGUCUAAGCGAAACAGCUUCUGACAAAGGAGAAGGGAUUCUCCCUAGAACUACUAGAUUAAGGGCUGCUCUACGACUUCUCUUCUCAAAAAAGCAGUUAGUCCGUUCUGUGGCACUGAAACAUCUAACAUUCCAUCUCAUGAAUGAAGAAGGGGCCAGCCUGAAGCGCCCUCUUUUGCAUGGUAGUGUUUUCUCCAGUGUUCCUAACUUGUUUGUUGUGGAAAGAUCUAUUGAGCUGAAAUUGGAUGAUACAAAAGAGUCAAUUUUUAAGGAGGAGACAGUGGAAAAACUAUAUUGUAUUCUUACUUCUGACACCAUUGAUCUAGUUUUGAGAAAGUCUGCAGCAGAGCAACUAGCUAUAAUUAUGCAAGAUACCAAAAUGCAUGCUGUUGUGAAAAAACUGGGUCUGAUAGAUAAGUUAUUUGUUUACUUUGCUGAAUGUGUACACCGGGAUGGCAAGAUCAUGGAAUGUAUUGUGUUGCCAUGCCUUACACUUCUACGAAAACUUGUAUAUGCUGAUCCAGUUACACGCCUGCCAUUAGCGCAACAGCCUUCUAUCCUGCUAACGUUAUUGAGAGUUUCCUUGAUUUUCCGAGAUGACCGUGCUGUUCUAACUGAAAAUGCAGCAUUGCUUUGCCUUCUGUUGUUUGAUGAAGUAGCAAGAAAAGAAAUCUGGUCCGAUGCUGUAUACAAUAAUUGUUCUAACCUACCUGCUUUCAGCUUGCCUGUAGCUAUUGUCAGACGGUAUCACCUCCCAAUCAGAGUCACUGCUCAUCAUGCAGUUAGUCCUAACUCUGUUGUUUUGCUGUUAUCUUCUGACUGCUUGACCUCGAAACCUGUGUCUGACAUGCUUAAGAUGGCUUGGAAUCUGUCAUGGUAUCAUGGGAUUGAUAAACUAUUGCAACUGGUGAACUAUGAAACAGAAGCACAAGCAUUUUUAGACACAUUAAAGUUAUCCUCAGAGGACUUUCUUACGUUGAAGAUAACACACACAACCACUGGACUGCAGGAUUGUCUUAAUGCAGUAGUUCAGGCCGUGUCCCACAGGGAAGUUAGAGCUGCUGUGACUAGGAUGAGUUUUUAUAUUCUAAAUGACAAGCUGGCUUUAAAAUUUAGCACUGGCUCUUGCAGGACCACUUCGAAGGGCGUGGCUUGGCAAACAGCAUUCAACAGAUCUCAAGUCAUGUGCUUCAGAUAUGAAGGUGAAAUCUAUAGUUAUACUGUAUGUUUGUACCAAAGGUUUCUGCAAGUACUUCCAGCUUCUACAGAAGAUGAGAAGCUUCUGGUUGAUGUCUUAAGUUUUCUAAACAAGUUGCUUAGGGAACAGAAGAAGAGUUUGGAGGCAGAACAUCUAAAGUGGAUUCUGGAGAAUUCAAGCUCACUGUUAGACCUUCUGGUACGACCUGAAUCCCAGGAGCAGGAUGAAACGGAUGACAUACAGACUGCUGUCAGGCAACAACUGCAGAAAGAACUGAUUGGUCUCUUUAACAUGUUGCUACUCUGCUUCACACCAGUUAUUCACAGAAAAGGCUUGGCACUUACUGAUUGUUUCCGAACACAGCUGGCUCUGAAACUGCUACAGUGUUUACGGGUCACGGAUGCGCCCCACUUUUAUGGAUUGCCUUCUUUGGAGAGAACGUUACGAGGAAUGGUCCAUGUCACUGCACACCCAGGCUGGAGUUCAUACUCAGCAACAGCUGAGCCAUUCACAAUUUGUAUGAAAUAUUUGACAGGUCUUCUUGAGGUCAUCUCAUCUUUUUAUGUUGAAUGGGGAGGAAAUGCUAUGUCCUUCAUGGGCAAAGGUGUCACAAAGAACACAGUACUUUGCUUGCUUCACUUAUCCCAUGAAAUGAUGGCUCAAGCCAAAAAUAUGGACUGGGUGUCUCUCUGGUUCUUGCCUUACGAUAAAAGUGAAGAACAAGUUCCUUCUCGGCUUGGUCUGGCAUGGCUAGUUCCAUUAUGGGUAGAUAGAGAUCCUGAGGUAAGGUUCACCUCCCUUGGAAUCGGAUCAGCUCUUACAUCUCUUGAAUUAGGAUGCGUUGCUUUAGCGGACAGCUGUCAGAACAUUUCAGGAGGGUUAUGGGGAACAGUGAUAAACAUUCUUCUGGACCAAUUGGAAUGUAGCAUGGUACGCAGAGAGGCUGCUUUUAUUCUUCAGAAUCUUCUUGUAAUCCCAAUGCCAACUGAAGAACUGAAAGAUUGUGCUUGGCAGGGGCCUUGUGUACAUGAUGAAGAUUCUGGUCUGUCUCAUAUAGGAAAACCUGCCCUUCAGGCUCUGUUAUAUCAUUGCCACUUCUAUGAACAUUUGAAUCAGAUGGUGAAGCACUGUUACUUGGGUCGAUACACAUUUGAUUUGAAUUGUUCCGCGGGAGACAGCCUGAUGGCAGAAAAAAAUGGCAUAAAUGAUUUUGAUGACCAUAUUAAUUUUUGGAGAGUUCCAUCCAGUCAAAGCCAAUCUCCAAGUUCUCAGUCAACAUCUGAUACUAUGAUCCUUUCUGCCUCACCGUCAAUGGGGAGCGUUGAUGAGCUGCAGGCCCCUGCCUCACUAACAUUAGCUUGUUUUGUCCCUGAAACACCAGUUGACCGACUUAUGGCUCAAGGUCAGAGUGACACUACCACAACAGCAACUCCACAUGAUUCUCCCCAGCCUGAUGUUCUGUCUAAUCAGUGUGCUCUAGUCACACCUCCUCUCCUGUCAGCUGUAUGCAGCCUGCUGGGCAACCUGCUGGUGGUUGUUCCAAAGGACACUGGAAUUGCUCUUCGACAAGCACACUUACUAACACCUCUCAGUAGUCUUGUAAAUGCUAGGUUGGUUGAAAGAUGUAUGUUGGAACUGAAAGCUCCUCUGCCUCAUCCAUGUCACACUGAACAUACAAAAGUUCAGGUUUUAUUCCUACUUCAGUACUUGUCUUCAGUGUCCAGGCUUCUACAGUCAUGUUUAUUGGUAGACACUCACCUUGUGAUCCAGGAUGAGCUAAUGAAACCUCUUUUGGGAAAUACCUUAAUGAUCCUCUCCAUUCGCUCUCUGGAUGGCUUAGAUACUGAGUUAACAUCUGCGGUUCACCAAACAUGGACAGAUUUGUUUAGCCUUCUGGCUAUGCUGUUAAGGAAAAGUGGCCAAAUCGCUCUUCCAUCUGUGACAGCAGCUCUUGGAAAACAUUGGACUGCAAUAAUUGAUACAAUUUGUGACUGUGUGCAUCUGUCUACCACAUGUCCCAGUUUAUAUAUGGCCAGUUUGCAGUUCCUCUCCAUUCUCUUGGCUGAAGAGGGGAAAAGACAGCUCCAAGAUAAACAGAAUAUUUGCCCCAACCCAACAAUUACUUUUCUUCUAGAUGAAGCGGAAGGAGGUUUGGCAUCUGGGGCCAAACUUAAUGAAUUAAUAAUUCAGAGCUAUGAAGGAAAAUCCUCUAAAGAUGUGCUGAAACGAGUUGCUACGGGUGCUUUACUGUCCCUGUUGGCUGUCAGUAAAAGUGCCCAGAAAUGUGCUUUGGAAGCUAACCUUAUAGACAGCUACAUGGAACAGAUGAAGCACAUUCAUGCACAGCUGAACUUAGAAUCCCUAAGGCCUGGAAAAACAGCACAGAAAAAAAAGGAGGAUAAUCUUAUAAGGGAACUAAGGGUUGUUCUGCAGCUCCUAAGAAACUGCCUCUUUCGAAAUGAAGAGUGCAAAGUGGCAGCACUCGAGGCUCAUCUUGUCCCUGUCCUCCACUCUCUGUGGCCAUGGUUUAUAAUGGAUGACUCCUUAAUGCAAAUCGCUCUUCAUUUGCUUUGUGUCUACACUGCAAAUUAUCCCACAGGCUGUGGUUCUCUUUGCUGGGCAAGCAGUGGACUGUCUCCAUUUCAGACUGCACAGAGAAGCGCAAGCAGCAACUCACUAAUACACAGCAUUAUCAAGUUAGCUUCCCGAACACUAACUGAGAACAGCGCAAUUCAGCGUAUGGUCUUUACUCUUCUUUCCAACCUUGCUAUUUCUCAUGACUGCAAAGGUGUUAUUCAAAAGAGUAACUUCUUACAGAACUUUUUGUCUCUGUCAUUGCCAAAAGGAGAAAAUAAAAGCCUUAGUACAUUGGCUAGCCAUUGGCUAAAGCUGCUAUUGAAUAUAUCCUUUGGAGAAGAUGGACAGCAGAUGAUCAUGAAGCUAAAUGGUGGUUUAGACCAGCUGUUGGAGAUGAGCAAAUACAAACACAAGAGUAGUCACCAUAUAGUCCUCCUUAUUCUGCACAACAUCUGCUUUAGUCCAACUAACAAGCCCAAGAUACUUGCAAAUGAUAAAGCUAUUGCAGUGCUAUCUGCUUGUUUAGAAAGUGACAGCCUCACUGCUCAGAGAAUAGGAGCAGCUGCACUUUGGUCUUUGCUCCACAAUUAUCAGAAGGCAAAAGUGACUUUGAAGAAUCCAUCAACAAAGAGAAGAGUAGAUGAGGCUUAUUCUUUAGUAAAGAAAACUCUUUCACAGCCAGAAGGAAACCAGCUAAAAGCCUAUCACUUGAAAUGUCUAGAGAAUCUAGUGAGACUUCUCAAUAGUUAAUGACUGUUGGUGAGUUCUCAUGUUGAACGUGGAUUGCUUACUCCAUGGAAGACUGGAAUUUAAAGAAAAGAUUUCUAAUGCUGAGAUUUGUGGAGGCAUCGUGUCACAGAAAAAAUGUACUACGUCUUUGGGAAGGGAGUUGAUCACCUAACACCAAAGAAAGAAUAUAGAUUAUGGUUGAAACAGCAUAUACUGUAUUCCCAAUGGGAAAUUUUGGUGAUACUGCAUCUGGGAAAUGCAAAAGGAGAAUGAGAACAUGGGGGAUGGGGGGAGAGGAGGAAAGAGUAUAAGAAAUUAAUAAUUUUAUUAAAUUAUGUGUUGAAAUUAUUACUGGAAAAUAUUAGUGGUUGGUUUGAGCCCAUAUAAAUAAAGUUUUUUAUUAAAA